GAAAUGUCAGGCAUUCAGUGCGGAAUCGAUCAUAGGGCGAAGUCGACAGACCAGAGGAUAUACGUCUGUUGUCCAGAGCCGGGAAAUGUUUUGCCAAACGAAAGGAUUUGUGGACAAGGUCCUCCUGUCCAAAAAAUUAUGCAUGGCGAUGAGGCUAGGCUUAAUGAGAUGCCAUGGAUAGCACUUCUUCUAUACCAUAAUCCGUGGACCAAGUGUGCGGGCUCGCUGAUCAACAGUAGAUAUGUUUUAACUGCUGCCCACUGUGUGGACAGGGAUGAUGUCAGAGCUAUUCGUCUGGGCGAGCAUGACACAUCCACAGAAGACGACUACGGCAUGCAGAUUAAUGGAUUAAGGAGCUGGGCACCCAAUCCCUUGGAAGUAGAAGUUGAGAAAAGUAUCAUACAUCCGGAUUUUAAUUGGCACCAUCUGAGAAACGACAUUGCCCUACUGCGACUCAAGUUGCCAGUACGAUACACACCGGCAAUCAGUCCCAUUUGUCUUUUGGGCCGUCAUAUCUCCUUGGAACCUUAUAGUGUCGCCGCCGAAUACAAAAUAGCCGGAUGGGGCUAUACCGAAAGGGAUAGGGGUAGCAAUGUCUUGCUGAAGACCAAUAUCAUGAGAGUGCACCACGUCAAGUGCAACAGGAAGCACAAGCUCUUGCAGGAGACCCAAAUAUGUGCUGGCGGCCAGUGGGGCAGGGACACUUGUAAAGGCGACUCCGGCGGCCCUUUAAUGGCCUCUUUGGGCAAAGAUUUCGUGUAUCUGGCCGGCAUCACCUCCUAUGCACCUUCAAAAUGUGGACAGCCAGGUGUCUAUACAAAGACUGAAUCGUUUAUCUAUUGGAUAAAGUAUAUGUUAAGGCCUUAAAUUAAGCAGGGAAAUUAUAAUGGUACGACGAAUUUUCAGGUAAAAGCAUUUAUUUGUGAUAUUUUAAAGUUUAAAUCUCUUAUUGCCAUCUCCUGUUAACAAAAUCUCACUUGGUUAUCAAUUAAUUUAUACUGUAUUGCUCAUAGUUCAUAGAAUAAAAAUUCGAAGAGGA